GGACGGGGAUGGGGGCCACGCUGCUGAGCUGCGUCCUGCUGCUGCUCUGGCCAUCCUCAGCUCGGGCUGACGUCCUGGUGCAGCCAGACUUUGAUGCCAACAAGUUCUCAGGGCUCUGGUACGUGGUCUCCAUGGUCUCUGACUGCAAGGUCUUCUUGGGCAAGAAGGACCACCUCCUGAUGUCCACCAGGGACAUCAAGGCCUCGGCGGGGGGCAACCUCAGCGUCCACAUGGAGUUCCCCCGGGAGGACGGCUGUAACCAAGUGGAUGCGGAGUACCUGAGAGUGGGUUCCCAGGGGCACUUCCGAGUCCCAGCCUUGGGCUACCUGGACGUGCGCGUGGUGGACACGGACUACAGCUCCUUCGCCGUGGUCUACAUCUACAAGGAGCUGGAGGGCGCGCUCAGCGCCAUGGUGCAGCUCUACAGCCGGACCCGAGAAGCGAGUCCCCAAGCCCUGGAGGCCUUCCAGGACUUCUACCCGACGGUGGGGCUGUCAGCGGACAUGGUGGCCAUGCUACCCAAGUCAUAG